UAUCUUGGCAUCUUCCAUACAACAAGGGUGAACAACUAGCCCUUGGGUAGCUCGGAUAAUGUCGAGUCCGUUUUACUCUGAAUUAGACAAACAGCAGCUCGAGGAGCCUCUAAAUGAUGUUGAGGCGUUCCUCAAUUGUGCGCGAUACAAUGAGGACGACGAUGUGGAGCUCCUUCAAAACUACCUAGACCGAUAUCCCGAGAAUAUUGACGCUCGGGAUGAGCAGGGUCGUACGGCAGUACACAUGGCAGCUGCAAACGGUCAUAUGAAAAUUCUAGAGGUGCUUUUUAGGUUUAGCCCUCGACCAGAUUUAUCCAAUAGGGAAGGCAACACGGCACUGCACUUUGCUGCGCUUAAUAACCGCGUUUCUGCAGCCAAGCUACUCUUGCGCAAAGGCUGGAAGGCCAACGCAGUGAACAUCUUUAACCGCACACCGCUCCAUUUGAUUCAAGAAAGAGGGUUUGAGGAAAUGGAGACAGUUCUUCUAUGCCAUGAUCCUACCCUAGAUGAGCCUGGGGAUAUGAUGACAAGUGUCGAGGAAGAAGAUGCGGCUGCUGCUGACGUCCAAAAAGAACAAGAGAAUAAUGAUAAUGAAGAGGAAGAAAGCCAUACAGUUAGGAGUUCGAAUCCAGAAAAGGAGCUACCUGGAGCGUGUUCGGCUGCAGGUGUUGCACACUCGUCUCAACCCGUUGCAAUGUCAAAAUUUCCAACACCGGUUUCUAAUAGUGAGGCGUUGCUCGGAUUUUCACGCGUGGAUGAGGUUGAAUAGUGUAGAAAGACAUUGGAGGGGUUGAAACUUGAAGAGGGUUCAUAUACCCUCUCAUAUAACUUUUCCUUGUAAUAUAUUUAAUAAUGUUUGGUGCAUACGGAUGCAUAAAAUAAUGCGCACCGAGGUAUUUUAAUGGGAUUUAAUUUGUUUUCAUAUUAUUUUACGCACUGUAUCUCUUUGGCUGGAUUGAUUUCGGUCUCUUUUUUCAUCUCCUUU